AUGGAAAAAAUCCACACUGAGAAUGAUCUUGAGCCGUUGGAUGUGGAAAAGCUCUCUGCGUCUUCUGUCCAAGCGGACCAAGAUGGACUAAAGCCACCACCAUUGUCCACGGGACGACUGGUUACCAUUAUUCUUGGGCUGGCCAUUUGCGUUUUCAUGUUUGCCCUGGAUUCUACCAUUGUCAACACUGCAGCAAUUGCAAUGACCUCGGACCUGGGUGGUCUCAACCAAAUACCAUGGGUCUCUACCUCAUAUUUGCUCACCAGCACUAUCAUUCUGCCACUCGUCGGAAAAUUUUCUGACAUUUUUGGGCGAAGGUCCUCGAUGUUGUUCAGUAUCAUAAUGUUUCUUGUUGGAUCUGUGCUUUGUGGUGCCUCCAAUACUAUGAACAUGCUUAUUAUCUCCCGUGGAGUCCAAGGUCUUGGAGGAGGAGGACUUCUGUCCCUCGUCUUCAUCAUAGUUGGAGACAUUGUGGCACUGAGAGACAGAGGACGCUACCAAGGAAUCGUUUCUGGCUGUUUGGCACUUGCUUUGCUUGCUGGUCCUGUGUUGGGAGGAGUGAUCGCCGACUCUUCUGCGUCUUGGAGAUGGAUAUUCUAUAUCAACUUGCCUCCAGGCAUCGUUGCUGCUGGCAUCGUUGCGCUUCUUGUACGAAUCCCAGUCAAGCAAGAAAACCUGGCUACCAAGCUCCGACGUAUUGACAUUCUUGGCUCAAUUACUCUCGCAAUCUUCUGCGUCCUCAUCCUUCUUGCAAUUUUGUGGGGCGGUGAAAGCACGUACCCUUGGAACUCACCUAUCAUCAUCUCGCUGUUUGUCGUUGGAUUUGUCUUUAUUGGCAUAUUUGUGUUUGUUGAGAGCAGAGUAGCAGAGCCCAUUCUGCCAAUCCGACUCUUUAACGAACGCAACUUCAAUGCCAGUUUGGUGGCGACAUUCUGCUUCGGGUUUGUCUUCUUUGGUGCUGUGUAUGAGCUACCAGUGUUCUUCCAACUCGUCAACAAGUCAUCAGCUUCCAUUUCUGGAGUCCAAGGCCUCCCCAUCUCGUUGGGCUUCAUCAUCACAGCUACACUUGGAGGAGCGAUCGCUGCAAUCAAUGGCCGUUACGUCUGGGCGGUGGUUGUGGGAACGGGUCUGAUGUGUGUUGGAAGUGGGCUCUUGUCCUUGCUGACAUACAACAAUUCGAUCUGGUUUGAAUCUAUCGCCCAGCUGAUCUUUGGACUGGGAGCUGGCCUCGUUCUUACUGGACAAGUUGCCCUCAAGCCAUUCGAACAUGCGAGUGGAACCUCUGCAAUCAACUUUAUGAGGACCAUUGGUGGAGUUUUCGGGGUUGCGGUCUUUGGUUCUCUACUCAAUCAAGUUUGGUUCUCUCAAUACGAGUCUCUGCGUCAGGCUGCAGGUUUACCGGCUCUCAGUGUAUUGUCAAGCCAGAGUGAUUUUAACAUCUAUCUCAUCAAGCAGCUUCCACCUGUAUAUGUCCAAGUCGUGACAGACGCUUUAUCACAAGCCAUUCGACCAGUGUUCUUCCUAGCGGCUGCAGUCUGUGCUGUUGGAUUCUUCGCUACUUGCUUGAUCAAACAUAUUGAUCUCAAUAGCGAAAUCACAAACAACAUCGAGUCUGGAUUUUAG